UUUCUUCUUUUAAUGAGCCUUGGGAAAUCGAAAUGAUCGAAGCUUUUGUAUUGUUUCAAGGUUCAGAAUUUUCAUAUUAAUUUCAAAAUUUUUUAUCAAAUCUUAUCGUCAUGGGUCUUGAGAGUGACGAAGAAAAUUCACGCAAUUUGAGAGUUAAGGAGCGUAAGCAUUAUACAGAAGAUUGCUUACAAGAUGAAGAAAUUGAAGGUAGGCGUAUGUUUUCAGUUGAAGAAAAGCUGACAUGUGAUGGUUUUGAAAGUUGUUUUGUAGAUGAGAUGAGAGGAGAAGAUUUUAAUUUAAAAUAUUUACAAGAACAUGGAUUUGUGAAACCUGUACUUUUCAAAGAUAAAGCUGGAUUAGGCAUGAGAAUGCCAAGUGCAAAUUUUACUGUGAAUGAUGUUCGGCAAUGUGUUGGGAGUAGAAGAGUUCUUGAUGUUAUGGAUGUUACAACACAAAAGGAUAUUGAAAUGACAAUGAAAGAUUGGUGUAGAUACUUUGAAAAUCCUAAUCGUGAUCAACUUCUUAAUGUAAUUAGCUUAGAAUUCAGUCACACAAGACUUGAAAAUUAUGUUGAAUCCCCAACUUUGGUUAGGCAAGUUGAUUGGGUAGAUUGGGUUUGGCCUCGACAUUUGAAAGAAAGCCAGACUGAAGGAACAAAUUCUUUAGAUGAAAUGAAAUAUCCCAAAGUACAAAAAUAUUGUCUGAUGAGCGUUAAAGGUUGUUAUACUGACUUCCAUAUUGAUUUUGGGGGUACAUCAGUGUGGUAUCAUAUUCUUCGUGGAAAAAAGGUAUUUUGGCUAAUACCACCUACUGAAAAGAAUCUUGCAUUGUAUGAGAAUUGGGUUCUAUCUGGAAAACAAGGGGAUGUUUUCUUUGGUGAUACUGUGGAGAAGUGUGCUCGUGUUCAUCUUGAAUCAGGAGAUACAUUUUUCAUUCCUACUGGAUGGAUUCAUGCUGUCUAUACACCUGAAGAUACUAUUGUAUUUGGAGGAAAUUUUCUUCAUAACUUUGGAAUUGAAAAGCAACUUAGAAUAGCUGAAGUUGAAGAUUUAACUCAUGUUCCUGUCAAAUUCCGAUAUCCCUUCUACACUGAGAUAUUAUGGUAUGUUGUCCAGCGUUUUGUGCACUGCCUACUUGGCAAAAAUUACCUUAUUUGCAAUGAAAGUGGUGAAUAUUUUGAUCCUGCCAAUGAACCUCUGUCAUCAGAUGCUUUAAAUUUAACACCAUCUGCAGAUAAAGAUCCAAAAUUACUCUCUCUUACUCACAAUCCUUUACAUAUGAAUACAGAUAAAUUUGCAUCUCCAUUUAAAGGAAUUGGUGAAGGAAAUCAUGAUAUUUCUAGCAGUAUCAAGAAAGAACCGCAAAGUGUGGAUUCUGUUUCAGAAGUAAAAACUGUUUCUUCAAAUUCAGAUGUUUCUUCGAUAGAAGUUAAUGGAUAUAAAAUAAAUAUAAAAGAUCAUAUUCAUAUCACAAAGUGGGAAUAUAAUGGCUUAAAGGCAAUUUUGAAAUGGCUUCGGGGCUUGCCUCCUGCAAAGAAAAGUGUUCCUAAUUAUAUUCGUUAUCCUGAUGCUUUAUUAGAAGAUUUGGAAAUUCUUCUAGAAAAACACAAGAAUGAUGAUCCACGCUUAGCAAUCACAGGGAAGCCAUCUUUAUUCUGGUUAGAUGUUAAGCAAAAACCAAAACCUAAGCCUCGUUCUGCUCCUACAUCAUCAUCAACCCCUAAAAGCUCCAAAUCUGGUGGCUCAAAAGGUAAUAAUUCAAGUAAUGCGAGGCGUCGUAGAACUAGGUGCAAGAAAUGUGAAGCUUGUCUGAGAGCUGAUUGUGGUGAAUGCCAUUUUUGUAAAGACAUGAAAAAAUUUGGUGGUCCUGGAAGAAUGAAGCAGUCUUGUAUAAGUCGUCAGUGCAUGGCUCCGGUUUUACCUCAUACAGCAUGUUGUAUGAUUUGUGGAAGAGAUGGUUGGGACAAAUUGACAAAUCCACCAGAAAAUGAAAAUUCUAGUCUAAUGGAGUGUUCUCAGUGUUGGGAAAUUCUUCAUCCCAAAUGUUUGCAAGAAAAGAACCCAGAUUUACCGAUGGAAAGUUGUAUAAAUGAUGAUUUACCUAAUAGUUGGGAGUGCCCUAAAUGUUGCCGAAAUGGCAAGCCAGAUCAAAUUAAACCUCGACAGAUGAAAGGGAAAAAUACAAAAGGAUCUGAUACUUCUAGAUUAUCAGUUUCCACCUCUGAAAAUGGUGCAUUAGACUUUUCAAAUGCUAAUGAUGUAUCAGAAUCGCUUGAUAUGAAUCAAUUGAAAAUAGAAGUCGGUCAAAAUCAAGUACAUCAUGAAGUGUCUGAUAAUAAAAGAAAUUCUGAUGGUGAGCCAUUAGAAUUAAUGCCUCAAAAGAAAAAGGUUCGGUUUGAUGCAUCCAAUAUCAAGCAAGAAAUUGUCGACGAAUCUAACUGUGAUGAUUUAGAAGAGAACAAAACUUUUAGUCUAUCUAUGAAUCAAAUGAGCUCACUACAAUCAUGUAAUGGAAACUAUUCAAUGCCUGAAAAACAGGAAGAAAUCAGCAAUGGAUGUCCUACAUCACCUACCAAAGCAGCAGUUGAGGGAAUCAAAAAAGCUCAUACUUCUCCUUCUCAUAUACGCUCCUGUGCUCGCUACCCCUUACAGUUGAAGAGAACUUUCAAAAAUGAGCAGGGUAAAGUUUUACGAGUUAAGAACAUUAAUGAAAAAUUGGAAAUAAGGUCCAAAUCCAAGUUGCACCUUGGCGUACCAAUGAAGCGCCAUGGAGAAACUGCACGGGAAAGAUUGUUCCGCAAUUUAAAAGGCCUGAAGAAAAAUCUUCUCAUUAAAACUAAGAGCUUUGGUAAAUGUGAAGAUGGUAAUAAUGGUAAACCUUUCAUUAAAGAUAUGAAGGUGAUACAGUCUUGUGAUAAUGUAAAAAUUAAACAGGAAGUGUCAUGCAACUUAACAGACGAAACUAAAGCUGAACUUACCAGCAUUUCUCAAGACAAACUGAUUAAAUCUGAGAAAAUGGGCAAUAAAAUUCCAAUAUCUGAAAAUCCCAAAAUCAGCUCUAUUCUACGUGAUAAUCCACAUCUUAAAAAACCAAAGUAUGUUGUGCGGCCUGCACCUAUUGUUGAAGACAACAAUGAAGAAAAAAUCCGAAACUCUAGUGCUGAUUCUGACAACUUAGCUUUGGAAAAAGAAGUGAUGUUGCCUGUUUUUCAGUUUUUGUCUGUUAAAGACCUUUAUAUUUGCCAACUGGUUUGUAAAACAUGGAAUAGAUGGUCAGUUGAUCCACGAUUAUGGACUGUGAUGGAUUUAACCAGACGUAAAAUAACGGCAAGUACAUUAAUAGGCAUUAUCAGAAGACAGCCUGUUACACUCAACCUUAGUUGGACAAAUCUGUCUCGUAGACAACUGGCAUGGUUAAUUGCCAGACUACCACAGAUGAAAGAAUUAAUUUUAAGUGGUUGUUCCUCAGCAUCUGUUGUGGCCUUAAGCACUUGCAAUUGCCCUUUAUUGCGCUCUCUUGACCUUAGUUGGGUUGAGGGACUAAAUGAUUCAGUUAUUAGGGAUCUUUUAUCCCCACCACCUGAUUCAAGACCUGGUUUCAUUGAGAGUAAAACUCGUCUUCGACAUUUGGCAGAAGUAAAGCUUGCUGGUGCUGACAUAUCAGAUGUGUCUGUGCGUUUAUUGGCUCACCAUCUUCCUCUGCUGUCCAGGAUCGAUUUAAGCCACUGUCAUAAGGUAACCGACAUGGGAAUUGCUGUUUUAGGUGCAGCAAAGGCUACUCGAUUACAUUCUCUUGAUGUCUCAUCUUGUUCAAAUAUUACAGACACCAGUCUAGAGGCAUUGAAGCGUUGUACAAAUCUUGCCCACCUUGAUCUCAGAGAUUGUGGACAAGUUACAGAAGCUGCUUGUUCUAAAUUUGUGGGCCAAAAUCGUCAGACACUGAUGCAAAAGGAAGCAAAAUUUAUAAAGAAGCAUUUUUAGUUAUUUAUUAUUACAUGGCAAGUAGAAUGAAAAGAAAAUUACUAUUUCUUUAAGAUAGUAUAAUAGGAUUUAAUUUUUCACUCAAUUUUUUUCAAAUGCGGACCUAUAAAAACACUUAUUUUUGAACCUUUAGAAUUAUUUAGCUUAUCUGUUCUAUUUACUUGCAAAGGAAAAAGAAACAAGUUGUUAAGCAUACACAUCUUUGCAUAACAUUAUGUACAUUCUCAUUACAGACUUCUUUUUUUUGACAAAACUUGCAUUUUAUUCAUCUUAAAUUUGUCUCAAUAAAUGGCAAAGAAUUCAUCUUGUACAAUAUUCACAUUUUUUUUAAUGUAUAUAUGGCAAAUACAGUCUUAAGAAACUUCAUUUUUAUGCGAGAAUGUGAAGCAACUUGUUCCAUAUUUAUACAUGGCAAGUUUAAUUUUUCUUUUAUGUAUAUGUGAUGUGAUUUAACUUUUUAGCAUCUGUAUUUCACUGUCUGUGUGUUGUGACCAAGAAAUUAAAGAAGCAAGAAAGAAAAAAAAAAAUGUCCUUGUUAAGUUGUUGUGUGUAAUUAUUUGAGCAGAAGCUUAUCUCUAUCAAUUUAUUAAAGAGUUUAAACAUCUUUUAUAUUUAAAAAUUUCUCUAAAUAUUUCAUAUGGAAAAAAUAUAUUUCUUUCUAUUUCAAAGUUGAUUUACUUAAAAUAUUUACUUGUAUUCUCACUGAAUAUUUGCUUGUAUAUUUUUAUUACUUCUAAGCUAAAUAAAAACAUUGUAAACUAUGACAUCACAUCAUAAGAUAAUAAAUAGUCUGAUUGUAAUUAAAACAUUUUCUUUAAAACUUUUAAUGGAUAUUUUGUGGUCUGAAGGCAGCCCCUAAUUUGAGAUUCAAAUAUCAGUUAUGCAUUUGGGAACUAUCUGUGCCUUUUGCCUUUUAUGUCU